AUGCGCCCCGUCCCGGCUCCGGCGCUCCUCCGCGCCCUGCGCCUGCUGCUGCCCCUGGCCGCCUGCGCCCUCGCCUACCCCGCCUGGAGCAACUCCGACGACCUGGUGCACCUGUACACCUCCAGCGCCAGGAAGAGCCUCCACCUGCGGAUCCAUCCCGACGGACGCGUGGACGGCAGCCCGGACCCGACCGUGGACAGUGCUUUGGUAAUCAGAACCCUGCUUCCAGGCUAUGUAAUGAUCAGUGGUCCGAAGAGCGGACUCUACCUUUGUAUGGACAGCAGCGGAAAUCUCUUCGGAUCGCGUUCCUUCAGCAACGAGGACUGCACCUUUAAGCACACGAUGCUUGAAAAUGGCUACGAUGCUUAUCAUUCCCCCAGGCAUAAUUUCCUGGUCAGCCUAGGAAGGGUGAAGAAAGCUUUGGUUCCCGGAAGGAACCUACCGUCCUUUUCUCAGUUUUUAACCAGAAGGAACGAAAUCCCCUUGGUCCAGUUCGACACACCCAGGCCUCAGCAGGAGGAGCCCAGGAACGCCAACGCCGAGCCGUGUGGUGGGGGCCUCUUGACCACUGGAAAGCUGCCCGAAGAAAAUCUGGAUGAGGAGGCCCUCGACCCUUGUUUUGACUACUCCAAAGAGAGAGACCCCAACGGAGCGACGCUCGACGGAACGUUUCCUAGCCCUCAAUGGUCCUGA